AUGUCACAAAUUCAAGAUCAAUUGGAAAACAUCCCCGGAUAUGAUGUUGUGAUGGAUUAUUUUAACGAAUACGGGGAAGAGCAUUGGAAUGCGAAGAUUAACCCCUUUGAGGAUGAGAAUGGAAAUAAACGUCGUCUUCCCAAAGAUUUAGCAACGAAACAUGAUCAGCAAGUAUGGAAAAAGAUCCAAUCACAAGCAUGGACUGAUGACAAGUGCUUUUUAGGGAGUUGUGCAGUGGGGUUAGACUGUGGUUUAGGGUUAGCGCCUUUGGUAGUUUUGAUAUUUCCAGUGUUGGGUCCACUAAUCAUGUAUGGGGUUCAUGCUAGAGUGAUUAACAUUGCACAGAAAAACUACAAUUUGCCUAAUACGCUAAUUGCAAAACUACAAACAAACAUUUUGAUUGAUUUGUUGAUAACGUUCCCUCCGGUGAUUGGUAGUUUUUUUGGUUGGUUGCAUGCAUGUUCGACUAGAAAUGCAGGGAUGGUUUAUGUUUAUCUAGAGAAAAUGCUUAAGCAUAAAGCGUCAGACCAGGGUGUGAGUUAUGUUGGUGCCCGAAUGACAGCAGGAACUUAUGGUGACAGCUCAAGACAGGGGAUAGCCCAACCACAAACAGUCAAGUCCGGAGGACUAUUUAAAAAAAAGCAGACAACAGACAAUUCAAUUAGAGUUGGCCAACAAGAAUCAGGAUUUAUGUAA